GGGAAGGGGUCAGAUUUAUCCUGAUGGUAGCAAAAGUAACAAUACAGUUUAUAAUGCUACGGCAGGAGGGAUAAUAAGCAAAAUUUUACGAAAAGAAAAAGGGGGAUACGAAAUAACCAUAGUGGAUGCAUCGAAUGAACGCCAAGUAAUUGAUAUUAUCCCUCGAGGCCUAGAACUUCUUGUUUCAGAGGGCGUAUCCAUUAAACUCGAUCAACCAUUAACGAGUAAUCCUAAUGUGGGUGGAUUUGGUCAAGGGGAUGCGGAAAUA